AUGUCUGUAAACAACUGUGUCGUUGGAUACCACACUCCUGACCCCCCUGUUUUCAUUCUCCCACAGGUAGAGAAGGGAACCGCUUACUACGAGGGUGGCUCUUACAUUCCGUGCCUCGUGCACACUUUUACCGAUGCCGACCAAAUACGUUCGGCUUUGGCAUGGGUUGAUCGGUCAUUGACUGAUCCAACCUUUCUCAAGGUGUUGGCCGUCGACGACAAGCUACGAGAACCCAACAACUGUCGAUUGGUUGUUGUUUCCGAGGACAGUCGGUCAACCUUUGAGGGAUGGGCUUUGGCGCAUAAGGCUCAGCUUGUGACCACGUAUGGCAUGUAUGAUCACCUCUCUAUCGACUUGGCUCACCAUCUCAGGUCUAUAAUCAAUAUGAUUGCUGAUCUUGGCCGCCCCAUGGGGCCAUAAAUAGCAACAAUAUAUUCCUGGUUGGUGAGGGGCUUAAGGAUAAAUUGAAACUAGGAAUGUGCUCUCUUAAUCCACAAACCACUGACAUCCAACAGUUUGAUAGGAUGGUGAGAGGAUUGGACCUCAAUCCAUUCCCCAAUGAGUUGGAUCAACUGCUUCAAACCAUGACCAAUGGGCAGUGCUUGAUCUAUCCGGUUCCUGCUGAACAAUGGAGGGCAAACAAUCUCAUAUUUGCGGCCUCAUCUCCGCUGUUUAUGACCGCCACACCUCAAUUGCAGUGGAGAGAGUCCAGUUGGUACAAAAUACAGGAUUUGAGUACCAAACAGAAGUUGCUCUACGCUAUGGUGGAAAACGAGUUACGUGAAAAGUUGAAGAGAGCAUACCCUGGGGGUCUAGAUUGAUUUGGAAGAAUGACAAUUAAGGAUUGGGUGGCCUGUCUUCGGUCAAUACCUGCUGGUCAUUUUUGGUUUCCUUUCUGUGAUGCCCUCAAAUACUCUGUUUAUGAUGCACAAAAUCCUUUUGCUUUUUGCAAAUUUGGAAGACACUUAAAGGUUCAUAAGGAGAAACACGGCUGGUCCGAUGAACAUUUGGUGUAUGGAUUGAACUGGAUAUUAAAUGGAUUCGUAGGUAUUGUUCAUGAGGUUUUAAGCGGAUUUGGGAUCAAAGUAGGCAAUUAGAAGGAUUUGAAUAGAGGAUUCGAAGGCCUUAAUUGUGUAUGAAGUUGGGAUUAGACUAGACAAGACUGAAAUAGAAGAUCAAAGGAUUUAGGAGUUGCACUUUUGAUCGAUCCUUGAUUGUGUUCUCAGAUUUAUAAGAAGAAGAAAAAAACGGUUUUCCGAUUUACAUCAUAUCUCUUGUCCCAUCUGUUUUGCCUCUUCUAUAUAUUAUG